CUGUAUUAUACACACACGUACACACUACAAGACUACGACAAAGCUUUCCAUAACUGAGAAUAUUUACCUGAGAAUGCCCGACUACGCAACAGGUGAUACGGUUCGCUAUAAGCCUAUUGGCGGACCUGAUUCUAAGACCGCUGAAGCAAUCGGCAUCAUCCGGGACGUCCGCACGCACUCUGGUACUAUGACGGGGCGGAAGAUCGAAGCGUCGGAUGAGAUGCCGCGGUAUGAGAUCGAGAACGCUCAUACACAUAAACGAGCGGCGAUCAAGGAGAGUAGUAUUCUUGGCCCGGCGGAGUGAAAGGACCAUGACAUUAUUUAUUGAUGUGCGGAGGGCAGUCCUGGGUUAGGGGUGGUAAUCUAUAUUUAAUAAUGUUUUAGGGUAAACGGCAAGAUGAGAGAUAGUUAAUGGUUGACAACAAAGUGAUCUGCCUUCAUUAGCUUCUUGGGUGGGACGUUGUGCUUGCAGUGACUCCAAGGUACUCAGUUUGUCGGUCUACAUAAUGGCACAUGUGUCCAGGUGCAUGGUAUUUGAGAAAGUGAAAGAAAC